CGCAGGUGUCAUAGAUCUGUUAUUCUUCAUAUGGCUGCUCGACAAGCUUCGUUUUUUACCGCGCUGUUUUUAAUUUCUCUCAUGUUCCGUGGCAUUGCUUGUCAACAAUGUCACAGAAUAAACUCGAUUUAUCAAAUGAUGCUUAAAGGCCAUACCUAUAAGACGUUCAAGACUACACCAGGUACGCCCGAAUGCAGAGACAUUUGUCAAAGCUUUAAUGUCGUCAUGUUCAUUGCAAUAUGUGAGUUAAACAACCGAACUAAAGAGGCCAGACCAGAGGACUUUGUCAAGGACGAGUAUAGAUAUUACAUGGCGAAAGGUCCAAAACGAGUUCCCUUGGGAUCAAGGCGUGAGCUGCCUGCUGAAUCGUGCAAGGAAAUCAAGGCGAGUGAAGGAGAACAAGCAGUUAGCAGUAAUUAUUGGUUGGAUUCUACAAGAUCUGGGAACUCUAUUUUAGCUCGCUGCGACAUGAAGACAAAAGUUGCAGACUUUUGUGUCAAGCACCAAUGCCAAAACGAUGCAAAGUGUGUGAACCGUGAAACCAACUACUCGUGCGCAUGUAACUCAUCUGGUUGGACAGGAAAAUAUUGUGAAAAAGAUAUCAACGAAUGUAAGGAAGGCCGGCAUGGUUGUCAUGUAAAUGCCAUUUGUAACAACACUGAGGGCUCUUACAACUGUAAAUGCAAACCGGGAUUUACUGGAGACGGAAGAAACAGCUGCAAAGUAUGUAAGUCAGUUGGUGUGGCGGACAGGAACAGAAUACCAGAUGCUAGAAUGACAGCGAGCAGUUUUUACAAUACAGACUAUUAUCCAUACUAUGGCCGACUCCAUGGAAACAGGAGGGGGGGAGCGUGGUGUGCAAAGACUCCCUCUGACAGAACAGACUAUCUUCAAGUUGAUUUGGGUACAGUGCUUUAUGUUUGUGCCGUGGCCACACAAGGAAACAAGAAACAAAAUCAGCGGACCACCACUUACAAAGUUCACCUGUCCACAGACGGUACAAACUGGAACAUUUACAAAGAAAAAAGUAUUGAAAAGGUGUUCCCAGGAAACUCAGACCAAAACAGCGUCGUAAAACAUUUACUCGCUACUGACGUCAUGGCCAGAUACGUUCGGUUCUAUCCCGUCACCUACAAAAGGUUUCCAUGUUUGAGAGUUGAAAUAUUCACGCGAAAAUGAUGGCAACUUUUAAUGAAUUUUUCUCAUCUAGCUCAGUGCACUGAUAUAGGAGACAAUGACAAACUUGCAUGAGUAGUUCAUGUAGAAAGGAAACUUAACAAUCUACCGAACGAAAGGCGGGAUAAUUUUGAUAAGCAACAACACAAGCUAGAGCAGAGUUCAUAUUCCAUUUAAACUAUAAUGCGUGAUUACAGAGUAAAGGUCUGAUUUACUUAAUGCAUUGAGAAAACCACACAAUGCUUUACCUCUCUGGUAAAAGGUAUUUUCAUUGUGCGCAAGCCCUGUAUACAAACAAUCGCUAGGAAUUCUGGGUGUCGAUUGUUUCAGUUUCAGCUUCACAUCAUUUAGUGCUUAAGUUAGCUUUGCUGAUCCUUGGUUUCACAGCUUAGCAGCACGGUGUAACUACGCAAGCACAAUGUAG